CACUAUUACAAGCUGCUAGAAGGACAGGAGAGAAAUGGCUGAUACCAUAGCUGAUACAAGAAGGCUCUUCUCCAAGCCUCAAAACUUAAAUGACGCUUACGGACCCCCAAGUAAUUUUCUAGAGAUUGAUGUGAGCAACCCUGAGACUAUCGGGGUCGGCAGAGGCAGAUUUACCACGUAUGAAGUCAGACUGAAGACCAACCUACCCAUCUUCAAGCUGAAGGAGUCCUGUGUACGGAGGCGGUACAGCGACUUUGAGUGGCUCAGAGCGGAGCUGGAGAGGGAAAGCAAGGUGGUCGUCCCACCUCUCCCAGGAAAAGCUUUUAUCCGGCAGCUUCCGUUUCGAGGGGAUGAUGGGAUAUUUGAUGACUCUUUCAUCGAGGAGCGGAGACAGGGUCUGGAGCAGUUUCUCAACAAAGUGGCAGGCCACCCACUAGCUCAGAACGAACGAUGCCUGCACAUGUUUUUACAGGACGAGUCUGUGGACAAGAGCUACACCCCAUCCAAAAUAAGACAAGCCUGAAUAAAAGGAUGGCUCUGCUUGGCCAGGUCUGGCUCGGCCCUGCUCAGCCCAGCGUGGCCCAACAACCCAAAGCUCUCUUCACUACUACAGGUUUCUCUCAGACAAUAAACAUUUCAAUGUCAACUUCCCCUCCCACCCAAAGUAAUAUUGUUCACUGCUUCUUUUCGUUUAAUUAGUGACCCUGAUCGGUGUUUGUUUUCACUUUCUAAUUGGAGAAUGUUCGACACAUAACUGUGGUUGAAAGUUAUUUAUAGUAAUUUCUCUUUGUCUGGAAAUGCCACUAACAUGGAUAUAUUAUGUAUUUAUCAUUUAGCUAUGUCUUGAGUAUAUUCAUUUAUAUAGUAACAUUGAAUGAGCGUUCUAUGUAUGCAAAGCUCUUGUAAAGACCCACAGGGUUUCCCAUUAUAUAAAUAUCCUUUACUGGCAUGUUGCUCACCAUAACUAAGCACACAUACACACACAUACACUUAUAUAUGUACACACACACUGUAUAUUUGAUGGGCCUUGACUUUCAAAUCACACUUGGUUGAUCCUGUCUUCAAAAGGAAGCGUGUGUGUGUGUGUGUGUGUGUGUGUGUGUGUGAGAGAGUGUGUGAGAGAGAAUAUCAACCAGCACUUGCCCAGUUAUCACAAUGAUUUUCUAGCAAGAAAAAAGUAAUUUACACAGAGGGAACUACAGUAUUUCUACUGGCUAUAUGCAUUUUGAGAUUUGUAUACUGCUGUGCCAUUUUUGUUUAUUUUGAAGAUUUUCCAAUAAAAUAGGUGAAAUGUC